AGCUCGUAACCUGGGAAUUCAUAUGGCAGGUCAUAAUAAAUAGACCUCGUAGCGAAAUAUAGGUUUAUAGGCUGAGAAUCAUGAAUGAGACCCACUGUAGCGAUGAAGCACCCACGUCUGAAGAAAUGAUCCAAGUAAUUAGGAGCAGAAAUGAUAUUUGGAUAUCGGUCCUCAUAGGCGGUAUAUUGUCGAUUCUUACUGUCCUUCUCUUCAUCGAAAUUGUAUACAAUAUUACAAGAAGACAGUUCUACAGUGCAUCACGCACCAUCAUCAUCGUCCUACUUGCAAUUUAUCCAGUAUCUAGUGUCACUUCAUUUAUGGGCGUCAUUAUUCCAAGAGCAUCGUUAGUUGCCAACCUAACUGCAUCCUUUUAUUACUGUAUAUGUCUUUACCUGUUUGUCGUGUUGGUAAUUGAUUACUAUGAUGGUGUGGACUGCAUGCAAGAUAAACUGAAAGGACGCCACAUCUCCCUAGCUAGGCCUCCUAUUGCCUGUUGUUGUUUUUGUCUUCCUAGAAUUGAAAUGACAAGAAAUAAUUUUCAUAAUCUUCGUCUUGGAAUUCUUCAAAAUGCUAUUGUGCGUCCGGCAUCUCUUUUCAUUGCUGCUACUCUUUGGGCAGAUGGCACAACUAAAGCCGUUGAAGCCUACUUAUAUAUUAAUGCAAUUACUAUGAUCUCAUCGGUAUUUGCUGUAUAUUCGUUAGCCGUCAUCUACAAUGCUUCGAAGAUACCACUUAAAGACUUUAUGAUCACUCCAAAGUUUAUAGCUAUGAAGUUGGUGAUGCUGGUCGGCAACACGCAACAUUUUAUCCUUAGCCUCCUUGCAUAUAUCGAGGUGAUACUACCAUGUAACCCUCCACUAAAUACACAGACACGGGCAAACACAAUUUACAAUAUGCUUAUCACAUAUGAGACGUUUAUAAUGCUUCUCCUCGGAAGAAUAUUUAUAUAUAUCUGGCGAGAGAAACAACAAAGUAGUUCAGAAAGUCUUGAUAGAAUGACAGAGGCCGUUGCUAUAACUGAAACAAAAACAUGUUGCAACCAAAAAGUUGGACUUUCAAAAAGUCAAGAAAACUGUGCUAUGAUAGAAAUUCCACCUGAAGAAACGCCGGAGAAUAAACUAGGUUGUUAAGUUUUGCCCACACCAUCAAAUUUUAUGUGACAAAUAA